AUGUCGCGCUAUUCAAGGGACGACCCACGUUCAAUUUUCUUCAGCGGCAGCUCGACACCCCUCCGGAGCUACGCCGGUUCGGAUCUGUUCAAGCGCACCACAACCACUCCGGCGACUCCGACACAAUCAACCAGCCCCACUCCAUCCACAUCCUCGGCCGGUCCGCCCGCGUCCACCCCUGCGGCAGACCCCGCCAAACCGGAGCCGGUCGUUCGCAUCAUCCCGAUCCUUUACCCGGCCCAGCCGGCCCGUCUCAUCGGUGGUACAAGCAGCUACGGUAACACCAACCGACCCAACCCCACCGAUGGGCCGGACGGGGAGAGCGCACCAGUGAAGGGCAGCGAGGUUAGCGCUACCCCGCCACCAACACCCCCCACCUCGGUGGCGCCCGUCACCACCGGGAUACUUAAAUCACCGCUCGGUACACCGCCCGCCGCCGGUACCGGCACACCGUCGCGCGUGUCCUUCUCGGCCCGACCGGCCACGACCACCAAACCGACGAUGGCCGGCCCGAGCGGCACCAACCCGUCCAACGUCACGCCGGGCGGCACCGGCAACGGGGUCCACGGCCGUACGACGCUCCCGCUGGCGAAGGCGUCGCGCUCGACAGAACCGCCACUACCGCCACCGAUCGGAGGUGGCGAGGCCACACCGAAUGUGCCACACCAUCCCGAACCGGGGCCCGGUACUGGGGCGUCCGCCUGUCGCAUGCAGCUCGCCCUGUACGGUUGGCGCAAGAAGUGUCUGUAUGCGCUCAUCUUCAUCCUGACGGUCAUGAUCAUCGUGAACCUCGCGCUUACCCUUUGGAUCAUGAAGGUGAUGGAGUUCUCCUCGAACGGUAUGGGCCAGCUGAAGAUAGUGCCGGGCGGUAUUCAACUCACCGGACAGGCGCUGGUACUCAACACGCUUCGUGCAUCGUCAAUCCGAUCGAAACACGGACAGCCCAUCUCCGUCGAGUCGUCGCGCAAUCUGAGCGUAAACACACGGAACGCGUACGGUGCGGUCGAGAACCAGCUGUUUCUCGGUCACGACCGGCUGGAGGUGCUCGCCAAUCACUUUCGCAUUACGGACACGCACGGCACGAACCUGUUCGCGGUCGAUCGGGACGAGGUGAUCGUCGGUGCUGGUUCGCUCCGGGUGGAAGGUGAAGGUGGUGUUGCGUUUCGCGACUCCAUCCAAACACCACUCGUCCGCGCUGACGCCGGUAAGGACUUGAAAUUAGAGUCACCGACUCGAUCGCUCGAAGCACGGGCGACCCAGGAAAUAUUCAUCCAGUCACGUGCGGGAGGUAUCGAGACAACCUGUCUCAACGAUCUGAAGCUGCACUCGGUCGCUGGCAGUAUUCGGCUAGACUCCAGCGCCAUCUAUAUGCCAAACCUGAAAACGGUGCAAACGGUGGGUGGUGCUGGUGCUGGUGGCAGUAGCCUCCUAUCUGCGGCAACUCGGGCGGACACCGCGGGUAAGAUCUAUCAGCUGUGCGCCUGCUCGAGCGGUAAGCUGUUCCUGGCGGCGCCCAACAGCGUCUGCACCGCGGACGACAGCGCCAUCUGUAGGUAAUACUAGUCGCCACUUUGCUAGAAACCUCCGCGGCCAGUUCCUUCCCAGUGCGUCGACGUUCGGUGUGGAGGUGUGUGUGGUGCAUUGCAGUAGCAACAGUUGGUAGUAGAUAGUGAGCAGGUAAUAGCAGCAGCGUAAUGAGAGGGGGAACUUGGGAGGAUAGACAGACAGGCAGGCUUACAGACAGGGUACAGCGGUACACGCAGGACCUAACCUUCCCAACCAUUCCCGUCCCCGAGAUGCCUUAACACACGAAUGAUGCCGACACUGAACAGUUGUUAAAGGUUCUCCGACACAGUAGAUGGCGCACGUAUCGCGUCCUGCAUGAGCUUACACUGGCACUCGUUGGUGGGAAUUUUGGAGAGACGAUGCGCUGGCUGGCGAUUUGGGCUACAACAAUCAGCAGGUUCCCCGUACUGGACGUCACUCUAACUUUCGCUCCAGGUAACACACGAGCCUUACCCUUUGCUCACGCGAUCCCGUCCCCAUUUCCCCUUAGUCUUUUGCUCUGCUCUGCCGCGUGAACACAGCACACAGCAACUCAAAAUUAAAAGAAAAUUAAAACGUGUUAUACUCUAGCAACCAAUAAUGCAUACACUUAGAGGAACGACUAUAUAUAUAUAUAUACACAUACCUUAGCAAUGACAGAUAAGCGUUAUAUAGAGCUAGGACCUUCCGGUGCGGUUGGUACAAACGAUAUCAAUCAUACUGUAUUAGUGUGUUUCAAAUUCCGGUGCAACGAGGCAAAAAACAAAACAAAAUGAAAGGCGCGUUUUAAGACGCUUCGAAACAAAACAGAAGAGAAGAGAGGAAAACAACAGUACAGCGAUGCAGCAUGCGAUGAAAAAUAAAGCAACCAUUUCCCCGCGCGAUGUUAGAUAAAAUGAAAUUUAAACUAUUAUACAUCACAAUAAUAUCCCCGAUAAAACCCAAGAAGAAAAAAGAAACAACACUCACACCAUCCCUCUGCGUUGGAGGAGGCUCCAUUCCCGCUGUAUUCGCCAUUUUUCUUUGCUGCUCGUACAAUAUAAGAUACAUAUCAAUAACGUAGCGUGUGGCGCAAACAAGAGCAACAUCACACGAAUGUUACGUACACAAUACGCAUGGUGACGUUGUAAUACACACACAGACACAGCAAGUGACAAAUGUUACCGAGAUGGAAUGGUUCUGACGGUAUUGAGUGUGCGAUUGAAAAUGGGUGACAAAUAUACACUCACACACAAGCAAAAGUAAAACAAAACAAUGAAUGAAGCGUAGAAUACCAAGAAGAAUGAAAUAA